UCGUAAAUAAAAUAUUAAUCAACAGCUACUCCUAGAAAAUUAUUUUGACGCAGUUUUCAAAAUAAAUCACAACCUUGGCACGUGCCGUGGCGUGUUACGCUUUAAAGAUAUCGCUACUUUAAUAGCAAAUACAUGUAAUUUCUUGUAACAUCUCUUGAGCCGUACGAUUAAGCACUGAUUCGACGAAGAAUGCAUCGUAUCGUUGACGCACUCAUCGAUAAGACAAUUUCUUUUCGAAACGAAUAUUGCGAAGCACGAUAAACCCAUCUACCGAUGGUGACUGAAGAAUUGUUCGUAAUUCGAGUGCUGAUUAUAGUAACGGUGCGGUCCCGGUAGUUGUUAGUUCCGACUGAAGACUUAACAGGUGCACCAUGGAGACCGACGCCCGCGAGAUCAGCUGCAAGAACAAGAUGUGGAUCAUGCAGAAGGGAACGAUGACAAUGUUCCUCGCCGAGGUGAUCGGUACAGGAAUACUGCUCUUCGUCGGCUGCAUGGGCUCCAUCGGAACCAUGGGUCUGUCGAUACCACCGCCGUUGCAGACUUCAAUUGCCUUCGGUAUGACCGUCAAUCUACUGAUUAUGAUGUUGGGCCACAUAAGCGGCGCACAUUUAAAUCCAGCUGUCACCAUAGGCGCAGUGAUCCUCGGUGUUAAAACAAUACCAACGGCUAUUGUUUACGUGUUUGGACAAUUUAUUGGUGCUACCAUCGGCUACGGAUUGUUAAUGAUGAUAACACCACCGGAGUUGUUUAACGACGGUGUCUCGAAUUCAACGAUUGGCCACUGCGUGACCGUCGUGCAUCCAGAAAUCAGCAUCACCCAAGCGAUUCUGAUCGAAAUCCUCUGCACGUCGUUCAUUCUCUGCGCGGCAAGCGCGACAUGGGAUCCUCGAUGCGCGCACACCACCGAUUCCACGGCCAUCAGAUUUGGUUUCUCCGUCGUUGCAAUUUCACUUGCUGCGAGUCCUUAUACUGGAUGCAGCAUGAAUCCUGCGCGUACCUUCGGGCCCGCAUUCUGGAAUAGCAACUGGACGAAUCAAUGGGUUUACUGGUUCGGACCAACCGCUGGUGCCUUUUUGGGCACGUAUACUUACGUUUUCCUGUUCGGCGAGAAGAAGAGUAAAGAGAACGAUGGUUUCGUUGAAAUGAAGACGAUUAGCAAUUAUAAUAGCGAUAUAACUUGUAAGGAAAAGCUUGAACUCACACAGGAAACGAAAGAACCUGCGUAGCGAUGAUGGAAAG